CCCAAGCCAAAUCGCAUUGAGUCGGAUGACUCAGAGUAUGACUCUGAGAUGGACGACUUCAUCGAUGACGGCCCGUUGGAGGAGGAGAACGACUAUUCGUCGGCCAUCAAGCAGAUCUUCGGCUACGACAAGAACAAGUACCGUGACGUGGACGAGGACGUCUCUGACAUGGAGGCCGACUUCGGCACCAUGAUGAACGAGGAGGCCCUCUCGGCUCGGCUGGCCCAGGAGGAGGACGACCGCGAGUAUCGCAAAGAGCUGGAGCACAAGCGGCGCAAGAUGGCCAUGAAGAAGCGCGGCAUGGGCCGCUAGCAGCGCCGGCUGACAACGCACGGAGCGGGGUGCGCGGCCGGACAGCGGGCGCGACUCUUCGUGUGGCGUGCGUACUGCUAUACACGGUGUACGUGCCGUGGGACGCGCUGACGGACGUCGCGCAGAAAGAGGGGUAUGCGUGUGGUGGUUUUGGCACGGGGAGGUCAGAGCGGGCGUGUGCUGUGGAUUGGUGUGGCUUGGCACGACAGGCUGGGACCUUGUGUGCGAUGCUGGACGUGUUGGUGUAUUGUGUGGGAAGCGACCUGGAGUGGUUGUGUGCUUCGUGGUUGUGGCAGCGUCAUGUCAUGACCCAAAUAGGGAACAUCAAAUGUCAACAUUCUGCGGGGUGGUGUGUUUUAGAGCGGCGUGCGCAGCCUGCACGGGUUAGGAAUGCGAAGGAGGGACGGGGAGUGGAAGGGGGGAGCGGAGUGGAAGGAGUCGCUUGAUAUAUCUCCCCCUAAAUUGAUGUAUUUUGUGAGCUGCGUGGAUUGGUGGGGGCCCGGCGCGAAAUAACAGUGUAGUGUAUUUGCUGAUUGCAGUGCAUCUCAACGUGUGCUCGUUACGCCUUACAUAUUGGGAGGACGCCGCUACUGCAGAGUGCGGCCGGCGCUUUGCCGACUUAAGAUGCUGAUUCCACAUGCGCAGUGAUAGGUGAAGGCGCUGUCCACGCUUGAGACAUGCCGCACGCGAUAGCUUAGCUGCGUGGUUUGGGACUCGCGGUCCCGCGAUGUGCAGCACUACAGGCCUUCUGUUUUCCGCUGUGGCUACUGACACGGCACUGACAUGCGUUGUGUUGGCUGUUAUGUUAUCCCGCGUACCGGAGUGGGCCAAACGGUCUGUGCGCGUUUAAGUCCGUCACGAAUGAGCCUGUCUAACAAUCACGCUCCGUGUAUCUUGUAAACCAUUGUCGCAGAAUGUUGUGUGUUGUUGAACUUGUUUUCUUUCCGAUAUGCCAUUACGGCCCCGGCCCCACAAACGUUACUGGAUGAACGGCGGAUCAAAGGCGCACUUUCUUUCAUGCUGUUGAUUGUGACAGUAGCAUGUUAGAUGCACAGUGCAAUGCCUCUGCUGCGACGCGGGCUGGUGCCACGUGAGGUGUGCCUCCCACCGUGGUCUGGCGCGACUAGACCUGUCGGUGCCCCGCGGCUGGCACGCGCCACGCCCUCCAACGCAGCGCAGCUGUCUAAAUGAAUUCCUUCGAGAGUCGAACCUCCAUGCCCAGCACAUUUCAUGGUCGGUGUGCCGGCGAGCCAUUCUGGAACGGACGGCCUCCCUUGCGUCUGCGCCGCGGCCGCUGUUUUGAGUCGCGUGGUUUUGGUGUUCCACCUUUUGUGUUCAGAGGUGUGCCGCUCCGCGAACUGUCGCAUUUUUCUACAUAAAUGGUCCUGAUUCCUUGAUGGACCGCAUAUUUUUCCAUGAGUUAGUGCUGGGCGUGCUUGAGAUUGUACCCAACACAC